AUGCUGCCGGGGAAGGACGUGUACUGGUGGGGAGCAGCGUCCGCGUCCCUCACCGACCUGCUGCACGGCUUCCCCGUCUCGCCCAAGCCCCUCCUCGGCACCUUCAACAGCCAGACAGUCGUGGUUAGUAGCGCUGCCCCUCAGCAAUGCCCCUUACCAGUACCCACUAGCAGUACUUCUUGCCAAUAUCCUCUAGCAGCGUCCGCGUCCCUUAACGACCUGCUGCACGGCUUCCCCGUCUCGCCCAAGCCCCUCCUCGGCACCUUCAACAGCCAGACAGUCGUGGUUAGUAGCGCUGCCCCUCAGCAAUGCCCCUUACCAGUACCCACUAGCAGUACUUCUUGCCAAUAUCCUCUAGCAGCGUCCGCGUCCCUUAACGACCUGCUGCACGGCUUCCCCGUCUCGCCCAAGCCCCUCCUCGGCACCUUCAACAGCCAAACAGUCGUGGUGCGCCUGGCAUCAAACGUGACGUGGAGCGACUUCAAGCUCCUCUCAGUGUGGUCGCGAACCACUGCCUCAGACUACGAUGCCCCCUCCCCUGAUACAGCCUUCCCGCCAGAACCCUCAUACGCACUCCCUCCCCAGUCCCCACCUUUGCUGUCACCCCCGCCACCUGCGAAGCCGAGGGUGAAGCAGGGGCAGAGGCAGCCGACCAUGUUUGACAACUGCAUGCAGCUGAGCCACCGUUAUAGGGUGCGGUGGACGCUGGACGAGGCGAGGGGGUUCGUUGACGUGGGGUUGGAAGCGGUUGUGGGGAGUGGGCCGCAUUACCUGGGAUUUGGCUGGGCGGACCCCGACAGUGUGACCAAAUUUAUGGGGUUUGCUGACGUGGUGAUUGCAGGGUUCGAUGAAGUGGCGAAACCAUUUGUGGAGGAUUACUAUGUCACAUCAUACGGGGAAUGCAACCUGGAGAAGAAAACGCCAGAGGGCGUGUGCCCCGACCAGCUUCUGGGCGGCGGCAACUCGUCUCUCGACAACGUGGAUCUGAUCUACGGCCACCGGGUGGACGGCAUCACUUUCGUCCGCUUCCGCCGCCCGCUCGUGAGCCCGGACAAAAGAUUUGAUCACGAUAUCGACGCAGAGGAUGAGAUGAACGUGAUCUGGGCGCUUGGCUCCUUAAAGCCCAUCCCAUCCCCCUCCUCAUCCUCCUCCUCCUCAUCCUCCUCCUCCUCCAUCUCUAAUCCCUCGGUGGUAGGUGGGGUGGCAGGGGCGGCACGAACGCCCCCCGCCCACCUCUUUCCGUCCUACCAUGGGGUCCCACAGGGGUCGUUUUUUGGGGUGGCGGUGUUGACUCUAAGCCUGGCUGUAGAUGACUGUCAGAGUGUGUUGAACCCAGCACUUGGUGUGGGAAAUGCAGGAGGAGGGGGCGGAGGAGCAGGAGGAGGAGGAGCAGGAGGGGCUGGUGGGAGCGGGGAUGGGAACGGGGAUGAUAAUGAUGAUGAUGAUGAGGAUGGGUUGGGAGGGGUGGUGGGGAGCGGAUGGGGGAAAGUCGUCGUCGCAGACCGAGGCACGCUCAUUACAGUCACAUCGGGAAAAAGCACGCACUACCCCAACCCGCCAGCGUCAACGAAAAGCUUCUAUGUGAACGGGCACGAGGCACCGGAGAUUAAGGUGGAGAGGGGGGUGCCAGUGCAAUUCUCUAUACAAGCAGGGCAUGAUCUGGGGGUGUAUAUCACAUCGGAUCCUGUGGGCGGGCGGUUUAACAAGUCGGAGAUUAUAUUCGCGGGCGGCGAGGAGGCGCAUGGCGUGCCGGCGGAUCCCUACACCCUGCUGUGGAAACCCACUAGUUCUACUCCUGACCUCGUUUACUAUCAGUGCUAUUCGGAGCCUAAGAUGGGGUGUCGCAUUCACGUAGUGGACGGCGGCCUAUCGGACAUACUCUCGAUCAUCCUCUUUCCCUUCAAUCCCCCCCCCCUCUGCCCUUCACUUUCCACCCUUCACUGUCCGCCCUGCACUGCUGAACCACAGUGCUACUCGGAGCCUAAGAUGGGGUGGCGAAUCCACGUGGUGGACGGGGGCCUCUCAGACAUGUACAACCACAGCUUCCAGCUGGCAGAUGGGCUCGUCACCAUGUUCUGGACGCUCACUGCCUCUUCCAUAUCCGUGGCGGUCAGGGGCGAGCACCCUUCGGGUUACAUCGCCAUAGCCUUUGGCAGUGGCAUGGUGAAUUCGUGGGCGUAUGUGGGAUGGGUGGAGGGCGGGGAGGGCCGGGUGGCGUCCUAUUGGAUUGAUGGCAAGGAUGCGAGCAGCGUGCAUGCUGCUCGGGAGGCGCUCGACAUGAGCAAGUGCAUGCAGGUGGAUGGGGUACUGACGUUUGAGUUCAGCCGCCCGCUGAAGCCACCCGAUUCGGACUGCGACGACAAGUGCAGCGUCAUCGACCCCUCAGAGCCCCUCAAACUGUCCUACAUGAACAUGCACACGGUGUGGAGCACCACCACCGUCACCAUCCUAGUAGACCUCGAGCGCAUGAUGUGUGCUGCACAGCCUUGUGGCGCAUUCUGCUCGGUCAUACUCCCAUCCCCUCUCCCCCCACCCUCUCCACCACCAGGCAAGCUGUCAUACAUGAACAUGCACACGGUGUGGAGCACCACCGUCACCAUCCUAGUAGACCCUCGAGCCAGGCAAUGCCUUGUGCCUCACUCCUCCUCCUCCCUCCCCUAUCCCCCGUCCCCUUUCCACUUCCCCAUUCCCCUCCCUCACACCCCAGGCAAGCUGUCCUACAUGAACAUGCACACGGUAUGGAGCACCACCGUCACCAUCCUGGACUUGGAAACUGGCGAGGGAACGGUGGAGCAUCUGCAGCCGGUGUUUGUGGUGCAUGGCUUCAUGAUGACCAUGGCUUGGGCUGUUCUCAUGCCCUUUGGUGUGCUGGCUGCGAGAUACCUCAAGCACAACGACUGGCUUUCCAUCCACCAGUACACGCAGUACUCCGCCCUUGCGCUCAUGCUGCUCGGGCUGCUCUUCGCCGUCGGUGAACUGGGCGGCAUCGACCUAUCAUCCAAUCAUGCCAAGAUAGGAAUGGCAACGUUUGCCCUGGGGUGCUUCCAGCCAAUCAAUGCCUUCUUCCGCCCGCCCAAACCGUCGCCUGGGGAGAGGCCUCAGAUGAAACGGGUCAUCUGGCAGUGGGUACACCUACUAUUCGGCCGCGGAGCCCUCUUGGUGGGGGGAGCGGCGCUGCUGACGGGGAUAAUGGAGCUGGGGGAGACGGGGGGGGAUGACUACACGGUGGACGGGUUCCUGUGGGCCAUGGUGGGGUGGUUCGCCACCAUCGCUGCCUUUGUUUGGUUCGUGGAGCGCACGAGAAGGCAGGACCAUGCAACACCCCAGGAGCUAGCCAACAUGAUUCGGCACGACUGGAACGGGUCGUCACCAGCAUCGUCUGACAUGCAUUCUGCGUCCCCUGCCCAGGGUAAUUUGUCUGGUUCGCUUGCCCGGCUGGGCCCUACAUCUUCUUCACCUGCCCGGAUGGGGAAUUCUGGGUCGCCUGCUCAUGGCUUGCCUGUGAUUCGGGAGGGUCGGGAGGGCAGGGUUGGCGGGCAUGGGGGGGGCUUGGGGAAUGGGAGACGGUUUGUGGAGGAUCAUGAUGGGGCGAUAGAAAUGGGGACCAUCAAGGUCGCUGCUGCUGGUCCUGGGUUAGUUGUGCCAUCGGCAAGAGAGGAUUUGAGGACUGGUUCAGAGGAGGGCUGGGAGAGGUUCGGGAUUGAGGAAGGGAGGAAGAGGAUGGAGCGUGCAGGUCUGGUUGCUCGUGUGCGUGCUGGGCUGGUUGCUGAUGUUGUGCAGAUGAAUUGCUCUGAUGAAGAUUGCCGCGAUCCUGGUGAUGGGUGGAUGAGCGAGGUUAUCCUCCACCUGCUGCACCGGCUCGGCGCGCUGGGCGACAAUCCCAAGGUGAAGGUCGUGUUCAUCGACACCUUCCACCUCUUCCCGGAGACGUACCAGUUCCUCAAGGACUGCGAGGAGCGUUUUGGGUUCAAGGCGGAGGUGUUUCAAGCUGCGGGGCUUAACUCCAAGGAGGACUACGUCAAGAAACAUGGCUCCGACCUCUUCAUCCGGGACAUAGACGAGUACGACCAGAUCUGCAAGGUGGAGCCGUUCAGCCGCGCGCUGACGUCGCUCAACGUGGACGCUAUGAUCAACGGGCGCCGCAGAGACCAUGGCGCUGAGAGGGCGCACCUGGAGCUAUUUGAAGACGGCACACCAGUGAAGGUGCAGCCCCUCGCAUACUGGGAAUUCAGGUAUGCUAGCUACUAUGGGAGUUGCCGAUGCUGUAAUGUGAUGCUGUGGGGUCAUGGUCCCUCGGUUCCUGAUGGGACUGCUUCGACUACCUGGAGAGGCAUGGGGUGCCAGCCCACCCUCUUCACGCCGACGGCUUCCGCUCCAUUGGAGACAUACAGACCAGACCACCCUACUAAACCACUCUUUCGUCCCCCACCCCUCUCCCCCACCAGGGACUGCUUUGAUUACCUGGAGAGGCAUGGGGUGCCAGCCCACCCUCUUCACGCGGAUGGCUUCCCCUCCAUUGGUGACAUCCAGACCACCCUGCCCGUUCCGCGUGCCAAGUGGUUCGAGUACGGUGGAGAGCGGUCGGGGCGGUUCCAGGGGCUGAAGAACAGAGACGGGUCGGACAAGACAGAGUGUGGCAUUCACGUGGAGGAUGCUGUGGCCUCAUCCCUCACUCCGCCUUCCUCCUCCCUCACACCACCUUCCUCCUCACUCACUCCUCCUUCCUCCUCACUCACUCCUCCUUCCUCCUCACUCACCCCGCCUUCCUCCUCCCUCACCCCCCCAUGA